CUUUUCUCGAUCGCUGCUCCGCACAGAGGCCUGCCCUCCUGCAGGUGGUCGCCAUUGUACGCUCGGUCUACUUCCUUCUCCGUCUCGGCCGUCUAGAUUCCUCGGAUUUCUGUUUCUACUUCUCUCGAUUUCAGCAAUGGGAAACGGUGCAAAGGCGGCUCAGAAGCGCGAGAGGAACGCGGCCAAGGCCGGAGGCACUGCCAAAAGCCAGACCAAGACUAAUCAGGCUGCCAUGAACAUUGUCUGCCAGACAUGCAAGCAGGCAUUCAUGCUGACCACUCGUGCACCGGCGCUCGAAGAGCACGCACAGGAUUCCUGCUAGACGUUCUCCUGUGCUUCAUAGAGCCUACUUGGGCAUUACACGAGCUUUCGCAUAUGCAGUGGAUUUUUGGGUUGCUGGGAUUUUGUGAUCUAAUCGGCAAGGGUUCCUGGGGCAUUAAGUAGAAUCUA